GCUGAAGGUUGCGCUGCAGACUGUGUCAGUCUGGUUUGGAAGGACAGCACUUUGCAACGGGAUAGACCCCAGGGGCGUUGGUAACUGAGGACCAGCAUCAAUGCACUCCCUCAGGGACACACACACACGCUGCUGUGUUUUAUCCUCCUCCAUUCCAGGCACCAGCUCCUUCCUCGGGCGCCUGCAUCAAACCCGUUUGCAUCCUCUCCCGCCCUUUGUCUACCCGAAGACUUUUCACCUCUCGCUCUAUGAGCAGGACAGGAAGAGGUUGUAACCACCUGGGAUAGCUUUGAAGUGCACGUAGAGAGCGUUCCUGUGAACAGACGGUGAAGAGAGUUUUACCCAAUUGCACAAGCUGAUAAGGCAGCAUUUAUUGUGAGCAGAGACUGUGUGCUUGGCUACUGUCUCGAGACGAGGAUCUCGCUUCCCGGGCGCCUGCGUCAUGGAGAAACCCUGGAAAUGUGGCGAUUGCGGGGUUGGUUUCCGCUCCCCCUCCGCGCUGGAGAUCCACCGGCGCGUCCACACCGGGGAGCGGCCGUUUGCCUGUCCCGACUGUGGGAGGGGCUUCACCAAGUCAUCGUCGUUGCAGAGACACCGGCAGGUCCACACCGGGGAGAGGCCCUUCAGCUGCCCCACCUGCAGGAAGGGCUUCACCCACUCGUCCGCCCUGCUGACCCACCGGCGGGUCCACACGGGCGAGAGGCCGUUCGCCUGCCCUGACUGCGGCAAGGGCUUCAGAGACUCCUCCACCCUGCUGAGGCACCAGCGGGUCCACACCGGGGAGAGGCCCUUCAGCUGCCCCGAGUGCGGGAAGGCCUUCAAGGACUCGUCCACCCUGCAGAAGCACCGGCGGGUCCACACGGGGGAGAGGCCGUUCGUCUGCUCCGAGUGCGGGAAGGGCUUCACUCAGUCGUGCCACCUGCUGACCCACCGGCCCGUCCACACCGGGGACAGGCCGUUCUCCUGCCCGGUGUGCGGGAAGGCCUUCACCAAGUCGUCCAACCUGCGCACCCACCAGCGGGUCCACACCGGGGAGAGGCCCUUCAGCUGCCCCGAGUGCGGGAAGGCCUUCGGCGAUUCGUCCACGCUGCUGACCCACCGGCGGGUCCACGCGGGGGAGAGGCCCUUUGCCUGCUCGCAGUGCGGCAAGGCCUUCACACGCUCGUCGUACCUGCUGACCCACCAGCGGGUCCACACCGGCGAGAGGCCUUACGUCUGCCCGGCCUGUGGGAAAGGCUUCACUCUGCUCUCCGUGCUGCUGACGCACCAGAGAACACACCGGUGACAACCAAGCUAAGUUACUCAUGCCGCCCAGGCAUGUGCAGCACACUGUGGGACUGCCACCGAGUCAGAUAUAGAGGGGCUUGUAAGCUCUCCGUUCAGAACAGCAUCCACUCUCUCUUAAUGGUACAGAACAUGCCUUCAGCUUCAGAACACUGGAGAAAAAAUACGGAAAGCCAUAGAAGUAAAGGGAUUUGGGAAUUCUCGUCCACCAAUCUCAAAAGAGUGAGCAUUCAAAUUCAGCGGGUGAUGGGGAAGACAAGUGGUGUGUUUAUUUCGAAGGAAAUAGUGAAAUCAGGAGAUUUUGCUAAAAUGUAUUCUACGAGGCACCAGUUCGACCACAUUGAGAAUCCCAUGAGCAGCUUUUUUGUCUCUGAAAGAAAUUUAUUGCAGGCGUCGGAGACGGUCCAGAGAUGGAUACCAAGGGACCGUCUUUGGAGAGGUUGAGUGCCUUGGGCCUGCCUUUAGAAGGAGAGGCAACCAUAUUAAAAUAAAAGACUCUUUGGGGAGACUUGA